AUGGCUCGCCGGUUCAAAAUAUUCAAACAUCAUGCACAGCAUGUGCACGCACACAACACUUAUGUUCCUGAAGAUCCAGAGGAAGCAGCCAUUUAUUGUCGCAAAAGAAGGCAACUCGAAUUACUUCUUUCAAAAGGCGAAGAUAUCUCACACAUCGAUGACCAGUAUGUGCCAUUGGAGUUAUAUAUUAAUGCUGAUGGGAGCGAUCCAUUUCUUAGUGAAUAUGAUAAGGACUUGUUGAAGCAGAUCGAAGAGAGGGAAGCACACGGUGCUGUCAAAGAUGAUACAGUAGAGUCGUUUGCUUAG